AAACAGUUAUCAGAUAGAAAAACACAUAUCUGAGGAAUGACAUAAUGUCUACCAGAAAUAUCAAAGUCAAAUCGAAAGACAAUAAAUGAUGCAUGGUUAUGGUGUUGACCAUAUAACUUAUGUUAGUUCUUGCAUGUCACAAUACAAGUUCAUUUUUUUCAUGUAAUUUAUGUAUACUAAUUUAUAUAUACGUAAUUUAUGCUUGUAGAGAGACAUAAUUAACAUUGCUAUCUAAAAUCUUAGUUUUAACAUUGCCGUCUAAAAUCUUAGUUUGUCAAUCGUCACGAUACAAAUAAAAUAUUCAGAGAAUAGAUUUUCUCCUACAAAGAAGUUAAACCUCAAACUAAUCAACUUAUAAUUACCAAAGAAAAAGAAAUAUCAGAAAAGGCCCAUUACCAAUGAUUUAGACACCAACAAAAGGGUUUCUAUAUUUAGAUGGAGAAAUUUGAUUAGACGAUUACCCGUGAUCAUUUCCUUCCAACUUUUUUACGAAAAUGGCGAGCCGCAACACAAUCCAGAUGUACCUCACGACUGUCGUCGCAAUCGUGAUCCUCCUAGCGGCAAGCCAAGCCACGGAAGCGCGUUUCACGAGCCUAUGUGCUCAAACCGCAUACCCAACCUUGUGUCGACCGCUGGUGAAAGGGCCAAACCCGAGACGAGCCACACACAACACGAUUCGAGCCUUGGAGGCUAAGACGAAAUUGGCCAUUACAGCUUCUGCGAGAUUCAAAAACGGAAAUCCAACUGUUGCAAUUUGCUAUGCGACUCUUGUGGAUGCAUCCUUCAAUCUUGAGAACGCAAGGAAGAGCAUAAGGAAGAGAAAUGUUUUGUCGCUAAAAAUGUAUUUGACCGCGGCUGUAUCAGAUUACGGUGUUUGUGUCAACGGGUUCAUAGAUUCACAUCAAGUCAACACCCUUCAGAACGCUGUAGAUGAGCUCAGGAAGAUGGGAACUAACUGUUUGUUGCUUGCUACAUUGAUAAGAUGAUCGAGCCACACUAUAGAAGAAAACACUAAAACUAAUUCCUCAAAACUGACCAAAAGAAGCUUAUCCUUAAUUAUGUUUAUGUAAAUGUUCCUUUCUUAGUUUUCAGGGGAUGUUCUUGACCAAUAUCAAUCGGGUAAAUGUAACUACAAUAGAAUUUUUAGGCA